AAAUUGCAUAUUUUUACUAUUUUAUUGAAAUACUAGUUAUAUUAAUUUAAUUAGCGAAGGGCAUUGUUCCAUAGAAAUUUAACACAUAUUUAGAAUAGCGAAAGAAUAAAUAUUACCCCUACAUCUAAAUCUAACUUUUUAGCAGUUGGUUAAUAUAUUUUAUGUGUUAUCUGCACAAUAUAAACGGUACUACUUAGUUGCCAGUUGCAAAUUAUCUAUGUUUCACAACAGCUGUUUAUUGACAGUUUAAAUCAAAAUAGUGUUCUCGAAUCGCAACAGUGAACACUGAACACUGUUCAUUGAACAGCUGUUAGUCGUGACCCAAAAAUAAUUUCUAGUAAAAUUUACUUUCCUUCUGUAUUCAAAGAUUUUCUAUUUAAACGCUUCAAAGUACAAAUUGAUGAUAAAACAACGAAGGCGAAAAGUUUGCAAUUUUUAUUGGUGUCAUCCAUAGUAAAUUAGUGCGAUCAAUAUUGAACAUAUUACGGGUACAAAUCAAUAUUUAGUAAAUAGUAAUACAAUGGAAUACUCCAUAAAUUUGUUUACACUGAACUGUUGGGGUAUCCCUAUUGUAUCCAAAAAUCGUCAGGAAAGAAUUGAAGCAAUUGCUAAGUAUUUACUUUCCGGUGAUCAAGAUAUUGUAUGCCUUCAAGAAGUAUGGAGUGAAAAUGAUUAUCUUUAUUUGAAAGAGAAUUUAAGUAGUGUACUGCCAUAUUCACACUAUUUCUAUAGUGGAGUUCUUGGUUCAGGACUAUGUGUGUUCUCCAAGUGGCUUAUAAAAGAUGUCUAUUUUCAUAAAUGGCCGUUGAAUGGUUACAUUCACAAGAUACAUCAUGGAGAUUGGUUUGGAGGGAAAGGAGUUGGUCUGUGUCGCAUUAAAUAUUUGGACAGAUUAAUAAAUGUUUAUUGUACACAUUUGCAUGCUGAAUACGAUGAAGAUGACAUUUACCUAGCCCACCGAGUAUUGCAAGCACAUUUGGCUGCCGAGUUUGUGAACCUAACUUCUUCUCCAGCUGAUGUUUCCUUUCUAGCUGGUGAUUUUAAUACAGCUCCUGGAGAAAUAGCGUUUAGAUUAAUAACUCAAUUGGCAAAUCUUCUGGAUCCAUGUGAUGUUGAGUCAAUUGGGGAUACAGCAAAGAUGAUAAAAGCUUUAGGAACCUGUGAUAAUAUAAAUAAUAGUUACUCUAAUCCGAAAAUGACAAAAACCUGUCCGGAAGGAAAGAGAAUUGAUCAUAUACUGUUCAAUGUGAAUUCAGGAUGGGAGGCCGAAGUCAUCAGUCUCAAGAAUCCGCUACCAGAUAGAGUUCCAGGGCAAGAAUUUUCAUAUUCAGACCACAACGCCGUGUCACUUGAGUUGAAGGUUAAGGCAAAUGCCAAAAACAAGGAACGGCCUAAAAGAUUUUACGACAAUUAUGAUGACACAGUAGUAGAAGCAAUACAAAUCUGUAAAGAAGCGAAAGUUACUCUGGUGAAAUCGAGAAAAUUAUUUUUGAUAACCGGUGGUCUUAUUUUCAUGGUUUUGAUUGGUUUGGUUGGGUAUUGGCCUAACAAUAUUUUAGUUGAUAUGAUCAAAAUAUUUAUGACCGGAAUUUGUUUUUAUUAUAUUGUUAUGGGGACGAUUUGGAACCGAAUUGAGAUGAAUAGUCUUAAAGCUGGGUUGUCGGCAUUAGAAAUUUUCCAAAAUAGUAAAUUAAGUGAAAAUUAGUUUAAUAAAUUAUUUAUUUAAAAAUUUAUUAGGUACAUUCUAAUUUAAUUUAUAUUAAGUUUUAAUCAGACUUCCAAAUAUUA